AAACAUAGAAAAAAAAUUGACAAAAAAUAAAUAAAUUGUAGAUUGCAUUGCAGCAGUAAAGCUUAAUUUUUUGAUUUUAUUUUAUCAACAUUACUGAGAAAAAACGAAUAAGAUACCUAUUUCCGUGAAAAUACUAAGGACUAUAUGUUUCAACAUGAAUUUUACGUUUAAUAAUGAGAAGAAAUUGAAAUACAACAAUAAUCUGUUUGGGACUUGGCUUUGUGAUCUAAGAAAAUAACUUUACUUGUGUCUCAAAAAUUAAUAAACUUUGUAUUAUGUGGUCAUAUUCUAGCGUCAUUAAUUAUUACGUUUUAUUGUAAAACAAACUUAUAAAAUGUGGUGUUGUCUCCCUUUCUGUGAGAACUCCAGAGAAAAUCUUUUCUCAAAAACAUGCUUGAAAUCUCAGGAUAUAACUUUUCAUGGGUUUCCUACGAUAGGAUGGCAGAGAACUGCAUGGCUGGCGUCUCUGGAUAUAGAAGAAUGCCAAUUGCCAGAGGGUGCUAUGGUUUGCUCGCAACAUUUCCAAAAUGAUGAUUUUCUGAGUGGGACCCGAAUACUCAAAAAUAUUGCUAUCCCUUAUACUGCACAGUUCUGUAUGACAUGCCUGGACACCGGUAGCAAGCUGUAUUCAUUAGACAAAUACAGUUUGGCAGAGGCCUAUAAUAAUGUGACUGGUUUAUCGUUGCACAACAUAAGCUUUCAACCAAAACUUUGCACAGAAUGUGCUCAGAGAUUGGUCAAUUGCAAUAAGUUUCGAGACAAGAGUGCGAGGGCCCACAACAUAUUGGUGCAAGUGCUUGCUAACCAUGGAAUGGUAACAACACAAAACAUUAAAACUAUUAACAGAGUAGAAAAUCACCUAGCAUCUAAUCUAUUCAAGAAAAUUUUGGAACCAAAUCACUGUCACUUGCAUAUAAUCACUGAAGAAGAAAAAGAAAAUGACUUUCCUAAUAUACCCAUCGAAAACAUAGUUGUUUCUGUGGAAAAAACUGAAAUUAAAAUUGAGAAUGAAUAUAAUAAUAAGGAAGAUAUUUUUACCUGUGAUUUUGAUAGUGACGGAUAUUCAAAUGAUGAUAUAGAUUUAGCUGAGUUACUAAAGGAUGGUAACAAAAAUCUAGAAAAAGAAAAUAGAAAAAAUCUAGACACAGACGCUAGCAAAAACAUAGAAAGAGAAACUAUUAAAAUAGAUAAACAUAAUAUUGAUGAUUUUAUUAAUAAUGAGAUAUUUACAGAAGUGGAAUUUCCAAACAGCGAUCAUAAUUCGGAUUUCAUCAAUGAUUUGGAUAAAAAAAGUUCCAGUAAGAAAAAUGGAAAAUUUGUUAGUAAAAGUAAAGUUUCUAAAGAGGUUAGUUUGAAAAGUAAAAUGGUUAAAAAGAAGAAACGAGUCAAAUCUGAAGUAAAAGGUCGGCCCGGAAGAAAACCAGGUUUCAAAGAAGAAUUAAAACUGUUCAAAGUAACAGAAUUGACUCACGAAGAGCAAUUGGCUGAAAUACUGAAGAGGAAGGAAACAUCCAAUUUCAAGAACUCUCCAUAUAAAUGCACCACUUGCUUCAAGGGUUUCUGUGAUACCAGCGCGUAUAACAGACACAUGGACAAACAUACUAACAAAUUCGGACAGUUCGCUUGUCCCGUAUGCGGACUCCACACAAAGAACACAUAUCGAGUCAAUAAACAUUUGAACAACACCCACGCAGCGUUAUACAACUGUACUGCAUGUACUUUCAUUACUAGAAGUAGGAAUUCGGCGAAAGCUCACGAACGGUGGCACGAUGGAAAAAAGUAUAAAUGUCCGCAUUGUGAAGAAGAAUUUAUUAAAAGCACUUCAUACAUGUCGCACGUGCGUAUAAAGCACCCUUCAGACUACGUGUGCACUCAGUGCGGUUUCUCCUUCAUUGGCGAGAGGGGUCUACGGAUGCAUAUGAAUAUGAAACAUCGCUUUGACGCCACAGAGAACCCAGAAGGUCCAACAUGUGAUGAGUGCAAUAUUCGCUUUGCAUCUGAAAUUGCGUACCACCAACAUAUGAAGGUGUCGCCCAAACAUGCCACUGCCGAUACCUUCAAACUUAACUAUCCAGUAAGAAAAAUCUGUCGACGCAAUCAGCCUAGGCCGACCAAGCCUGGCCUAAAGAGGGAAUCUGCGCCUACCGCCAAAACCAUGGGGCCCGUCGAUUGUGAGCAGUGUGGUGUGAAGCUGAAAGGCUCCCGCAGUUACGCUAUGCAUUUCAAGAAGUAUCAUCCAGACAAGAACCGCACCAAGUUCCCGAAGGCGAGGAUAAUGUGUGAGCAGUGCGGAAAGAUAUUCACGUGCAUGGCCCACCUCCGCUACCACAUGCCAAUCCAUGCAGACACAAAGCAAUUCAAAUGCGACAUAUGCGACAAACGGUUCGCCUUCAAGGCCAACCUCAUGAACCACGUGGUGAUCCAUGACACUUCACGGCCACGGUUCGAGUGUACUGUUUGUGGGAAGAACUUCUCCAACCAGCAGAACCGGUGGAGGCAUAUGUUUUUACACAAAGGAAUCAAGUUCAAAUGCGAGAUAUGUGACAAGACGUUCAACACGGACCCGCAGCGCGCAUUGCACGUGGCCCACGUGCACAUGAAGGUGCCCUGGCCCAAGCGCAACAGAGGCCCCAGAGUGAAGACACACCACGUCAGGCACACCAUGUACACCAGUGACUCGCAGGACUCGUGAGCCACAACUGACCACUAAACUCGUGACUCAGUGAGGCAUAAGUGACCACAAGACUCGUGAUAUAGUGAGGCAGAAGACCUAAAGAUUGGUGACACACUCAUUAUGACAUAGGUGACUUCAAGAUUGGUGACAUAGUGGGGCACAAUGACCACAUGACUCAGUGAGGCAAAUAAGUGAUCACAAAAGUCAUGACUCAGUGAGGCAAAUAAGUCAUCACAAGACUUGUGACAUAGAAGCACA